AUGGCCAACACCGUGCGAAUCUCCUCCAUUCGAACCGAAAACUUCCCACGCGGGAACCGACCAUUGAAUGUGGGAUUUGGAACCAACUUUGCGGUGGUUCGAGGAGAUAACGGGUCUGGAAAAACGACCCUCAUCAAGGCCGUCGCCUUCGCCGCCCUCGAUAAGGACCUCCCGAUCAUUGGCCUUGAGAAUAGCACUGUUGCUGUCUCAUUCCGUAAAAAUGGAGUAGAGACCACGUUCAAAAGGACGACGAAGCGCAGCAUCAGUCGUUUCUCCAUCAACGACGGCCGAGUCCAAAAGAGGACCUACCAGACCAGAUUGCAUGGUUUCAUCAAGGCAGAGCAUUUGAAGUUUUGCCUGGACUACAACCAUCCAAAACGGCUGGAUAUGUCCAACCCUUCUCACCUCUUGAAGGUCGUGAAAGAGUGCAUCGGAGAGAACGAGAACCAGAGAGACUUGGCACGGUUUGUCAGUAGCAUCUCUACUGGAGCAAACCGGCACUAUAAUAAUGCCACCAGGGCGACUGGGCACGCCGUCAACCAGAUGAACAUCCGCUACAGCCACCCCACGGGACAACUGGUGAUGACUGGCCCCCACGAUGUACAGUCGAUUUCUCUCUCCCACACAGAGAAAGAGAUGAUGAACCUCUUCGUCCGAAUCGCACUGUGCGAGGUGGUGCACAAUUCGAUGUUGAUGAUGGACGGCUAUGGUGCUUUAUUGGAUGCGACAGUGGAGCCGCAGGUUCGCCGAGCCUGUCAACUAAAGACCGCUGGGGGAUUCCAAAUCAUUCUGAUGGGAAGCAGGGUGGAAGCACCAGAGAUUAUUGCCUUGUAA